AAACAAAAUAUGGAAAAGUGCUAAGCAAAGCUAACAGCGAUAUUGUCAAGUGUCAACACCACAAACAAUCUUCUCCAUAUAUAUAUAUAUAUUAACCCUCAGCCUCCCCGACCCCUUUUCUUAUACACACAAGGAUCCUCUCUUCUCUCUCUGAAGUCACACGAAACGAAGACAUAGAAGCAGCAGAUAAGAGAUGACUGAAGAAGACGAGUGGGUUCAUGUAGCUUUGAACGAUGACACUUUAGUGGUGGAGCUCCUUUUAAAGCUAAACCAACCAGAACAACAACCGCCACCACCGCCAGUAAGGCGACGACGUCGUCGUUUUGCGGCGGAUUUGGCGAAGGAAGGAGCAGUGCUGGCUUUGAGCGUGGACUGGAGCGUGAGACAACGACGCUCUUCGUCUAAGCAAGUAAUGAUGACGAGGAGCAAAAAAGGUUCUGAUUCGUCGUCUACUCGUGCGAGUCCUACCACUCCGCUUUCAUUUAGCGGUGGCACCUCCGUCAGCGGUGGUGGUGCUGGCGACGGUUUUGAUGAAGCUACUACUAGCGCUUGCCUUCCCGCUAAGUUGAUUGCCACCUCGAGAUCUAAGGUUGCUGUUACAAGUGGAACACCAACCAUCAAGAGGUCGAGAAAGAAGAAGUUAGUUGAGCUUAGAGAGGAGGAGAUUUUGCUACUGAAGGAAAAAAGACAUUUGAAAAAUAAAUUGGAAACCAUGCGUGUGAGUUUAGAGAAAGAGAGAGCCAGAAAUGAAAGUUUGAAGAGAACGAAGUUUGAUUUGCUAUCACAGGAUAGACCAGAGAUAUUCACAGCUUCUGUUAAAUCAGAAGAUGUUAUUUCAAUCAAGCCUCAGGAAACAAAAGUAGCCUGUGAUUCCACACAUUCAGUGUUGCCACACAAUGUUUCUUUCCAGUUACAGGAGGAUGAAGGCAGGAAGCCUUCCUUUACGCUACCAGACCUAAAUCUACCUGUUGAUGGUGAUUCAGGCUCAGGCAUUUUGGGCUGAGAAGAAUCAGUUCUAUACUGGUUUUUUUCCUUUUCAAAUAAUACAUGUUUCGGCACCUCCUAACAGCAUCACAUGUUGAGUUGAUGUAAGUACUAGACCAAUUACCUUCACCGCUACUUGAUCUGUAUGUGGAUACUUGUUUUUAUACGUGAAGGUACUGGGGGUAGUGUAGAGAUCCUAAUCUUUAGUUUCAGUUUACAUUCUUUCUUUGAGCAGAUUUCUACACUCUUCCAAAUUCUUUGGGGAAAACCUCAUUCCUUCCAUUCUAGGAAAUAGCAACAGAUAAGGUGUAAUUAUAGUACAGGUAGUCGAAUGUUUUUCUACUCGGAAUUGAACUGAUCUAAUUAGAUUUUCUUCUCCUUGUUGUUUA